GCAAAAUAUUUCUGUCCAUUUGAAACCAGACUUUUCUCUAUAAGCACCUGCCACAUAAUUUUCGCGUCGUUACUUUUUUGUGUGGCAUAUAAAUACAUUUUUUUUAACCAUGUACUGUACAAAUGGCUCAUUCGUUGCGUUCUUUGCGAUGGCCGCACUCAUCCUUGUCAUUAAAACCGAUGCAGUAGACGCUAAACGUGGUUGUGCAACAUUUGGACACUCGUGUUACGGUGGAAUGGGGAAAAGGAUGUCCCCCUCGGAAUUAAUGACAAAUGAUGAAGUACUUCAAGACGUGCAACAAGAAAGCAACCCAGGGCUGAUCUUUACGGGACCGCGAGGUGAUAUUGGAAGCGACACAGAGAGAAGAAUUUCGCUACAGGAACUUUACAAUAUUUCACCGUUCUUUCGACAAUGGCUACAAUCAUAUAGGAGAUCGCAAGAAAUGCACAACAACGGUAACAACUAAGCACAUACGAUUAGGCUAAUCUUUCCUUCUAUUAACUGUGAAUUACGUAUACAUACAUUAAUAUAUUUAUGUACAUUAUCGUAAUUUUAGUGACGAAAGCUAAAAAAAAAGCAAAUAAAAAUAGUCUUAAAUGUUAUCGUAAAGUUAUAUUAAGGUUACGUUAAAUGUGCAAUACAUAAUUGUCGUUAGGUU